AUGGCCGACUUCGGCACUCUAGAACAAAUGGCCGCGUCUAUGAAACAGAUGCAACAGAUGCAAGAGUUGCAGCAAACAAUGGCAGCGCAGCAACUGGCUGCGCAGCGGGAACCACCUGUCCCAAUUGGUGAGAGAAACCUACUUCAUAAAAUCCCUGCUACGCGCUCUGCUAUCGCUCCUUCACCAUGUCAAAGGGCAGAUUUUGAGAUAGAACCCGGCAUGAUCAAUCUUGUCCAGAGAAAGAUGUUCCAUGGACUGUCAGCUGAGAUACUGAUGGAACACAUUGAAGUUUUUGAAGAGAUAUGUUCCCCAACUUCUUGGGAACAGGUUAGAGCAGCUUUCUUGGGACACUUCUACACGAAAGCCAAAACAGCUGCCCUAAGGAACAAAAUCUCCUCCUUCAAGCAACUCGCUAAUGAACCUUUCAACGAAGCUUGGGAACGGUUCAAUGAUACCUUCAAAGAGUGUCCUCAUCACGGGUUCGACGAUGACCAUGUUCUAGGAAUCUUCUACGAUGGUAUGGAAUGGGAGUUCCGCAAUGCUCUAAACGCAGCGAGGAACGGAGAUUUCAUGACUCAAACCACAGAAGGAGCUCACGCGCUAAUAGAGAACAUGGCAGCUAGUUCGUCCAACAAAAACGAGGAGACUGACCGUUCCAAGAAGGUGAACAGCAUGGACACUAGGAAGAUUGAUGACCUCGCCGCUAAGGUCGAUCUGUUGCUCAAGAACAAUCAGAAUCAGAUCUAUGUCAUGGAAGAAACCAAUCUGGAACCAGGCACUACAGAUGCUGCAGCAGAAACCGAGACACCGGAAGAAGAUCAGCAAGAGGUCAAUUACGUUAACGGGCAGGGUUGGCAGUUCAAGAACAACCAUCCAAACCCUAACGUGAGGAACAACCCGCAUCUGUUCUCAUACAAGACCAAUCCAGACAACCCCAACGACAGAUCUCAGGGAAAUCAGUUCCAAAACACUGGAUAUCAGAAGCCAUACUUCCAGAAUCAGAAUCAUAAUCAAAAUGGGAAGAUGUUCAUCCUCAGCCAGGCUCAGAAUCAAUUUCAGAACCGGCAGAAUAAUCCACAGGCUGCUCCUGCAACCGCGAGCGGUCCGCCAGAUGAGCUGAAGGGAAUGAAGCAACAACUUCUGCAAGGUCAACAGAUUCAAGGAAAGGGAACACUCCCAGGGAAAACAGACAAGAAUCCCAAGGACUGUAACGCAGUCGAGCUGAGAAGUGGAAGACAUCUAUCAGAUCCUAUCCCCAAGAAGCUCACUGCUCAAGAGAAAGGAAAACAGAAAGAAGGAGAACAACCUCCGCUUGAGGAUGUCCACGACGACGAUCAUGAACCGGAAGAGCCAACUGCCGCAGAACCAGUAGCUCCCAUGAUGCAAGAUCAACCUGUUCCUACUCGCGUCUACAUUCCAUAUGUUCCCUACCCAGUCCCUGCUAAGAAAUCACGCAAGGAUUGCAAAGAGAUGAAAUGCAAAAAGAUGUUUGAUGAGUUGAAUGUUAAGUUCUCUCUCAUGGACGCGAUUCAAAUGAUUCCUUCAAUGCGCAGUCUUGUGAAAGGGCUGAUCUCUGGGAAGAACUCUACAGACAACGACAUCAUGAUGGUCUCGAAAGAAUGCAGCGCAGUCCUUCAAAACAGAACAUGUGAAUCUCAUGCCCUACUCAGUUACAAAACGCAUGGACUAACCAACUUCAAGCCAACCAGGAUUUCUUUGGUGUUCGCAGACAGAUCAAUCAAGUUGCCAGUAGGUGUUCUUGAAGAUCUACAAGUUCAAAUUGGUGACACCACUGUUCCGGCAGACUUCAUGGUUCUAGAGCUCAAAGAUGAACCAAAAGACCCUCUCAUUCUGGGCCGACCUUUCCUGCGCACAGCUGGUGCAAUCAUUGAUGUCCAUAAUGGGAGGAUUGAUCUCCAACUGGGAGAUAUUGUGAUGAAGUUCGAGAUGGAUGAGCUUCUCAAACGACCUAUGCUAUAUGGUCAGAACUUCACGAUUAGCAACGAGAAUGCCUCCUUGACCCCUCAACAAGGGAUGAUCGAAGAAAUCCACACAGAUGAUCCUUUGGAAGUAGCCCUGAUACGAGUAGAGUCUGAGUAG